GCUAAAUGGAGUAGUUAGUUUCGGUAUUCUACUUCUUACUUGUCCUCGUGAAUUCUUAAAUUAUAUCUUAAAAAAUAAGAUCUGAGAAAUAUUUUAGAUUAUUGAAAAUUGAAAAUUGAGAACACUUACUCUUAUUUAUAAGCCCUGUUAAAUAAACCUGCCAAAAUGGCAAACGAUGUUGGUGCUAUGGAAAAGUUCUGUGGUUCUGAAUUUUGGAAUUUGACGACCCUCUGGAACACUAACGACCCAGAUUUUACACCCUGCUUCGAACAGACCGUCUUAGUAUGGAUUCCCUGCGGAUUUCUUUGGAUUUUUAUGUUUCUAGAAUUGUAUUACCUGCGUGCGAGUUUGGAUAAAGAUAUUCCUUGGAAUUUCAAGAAUAUAUCGAAAAUAGUUUUACAUGUUGCUUUGCAUGUCUUAUGCGUUUGGGACUUUGUCAAAGCUCUAAUUUUAAAAGGUUCUGAAGAUAAUUUAAUCUAUCCAAUUGAUGUUUGGGGACCAGUUAUUAAAUUCUUCACAUUUGCAGUUGCAAUAAUGUUCGUAUUUCUAAAUCGUCGAUUUGGUGUUCAAUCUUCAGGAACUUUAUUCUUGUUUUGGUUCCUUUUGGUUCUGUUGGCAAUUCCUCAAUUUCGAACUGAAAUACGUGACUAUACCGAUCGUCAUGAUCAUUCUGAAAUUUUCUCAGAUGCUCAAAUGUCAUGGGCUGAUUACAAAUUCAUUAGCUUUAUGAUCUUCUUUGGAAUAUCAGUUUUAAUAUUGUUCUUGAACUGUUUUGCUGAUAAUAUGCCCAGAGAAACUAAAUACAAUAGGACACCGAAAGAAAUUCCUGAAGUAUCAGCAAGUUUCUUAUCUCGGAUGACAUUUUCAUGGUUUGACAAAAUGGCCUGGUUGGGUUAUCGGAAGCCUCUCGAACACAAAGACCUUUGGGAACUUCGUCCACAGGAAAGCUCAAAGGAGGUUAUGCCAAUUUUCGCUAAGAAUUGGAACAGCAAUGUUCGCAAGAACUACCGUGUUGAAGAUCGCGAUUCUAAAGGUCAAUCUACAAUUGGAAAUGUGGUGUUUGAAAAUCCCAAUGGUGCAAACAAGGAAACACUUGCUUCGAUAAUGCCACCGAUUUAUAAAUCAUUCGGUGGAGUUUUUCUUUUUGGGUCAGUAUUCAAAUUGGUGUCAGAUCUUUUGUCGUUUGCUUCUCCAAAAGUUCUGGCCUUGAUAAUUGCAUACGUCGAAACUAAGGCCGAUGAUACUAAAGAAUCAGAACCAGAAUGGCGGGGCAUUUUGUAUGCCAUAUUGCUGUUCCUUUGUGCAGCUAUCCAAACUUUCUUCUCGGCUCAGUACUUCCAAAAAAUGUAUAUCGUUGGUCUACGCACACGAACGGCUCUGGUCAAUUCGAUCUAUCGUAAGGCACUUGUCAUAUCGAAUUCCGCUAAAAAAGAAUCAACAGUUGGUGAAAUUGUCAAUUUGAUGUCUGUUGACGCACAACGUUUCCUCGAAUUGGUAACCUAUGUGAGCAUGAUUUGGUCAGCUCCACUUCAGAUCAUUCUAGCUUUGUACUUCUUGUGGGAAUUGCUGGGAAUAGCAGUUUUGUCAGGAUUUAUUGUGAUGAUCAUUUUGAUUCCAAUCAAUUUGGUCGUCGCUAGUCGUGCUAAGAAGCUACAAGUGAAACAGAUGAAGUACAAAGAUGAACGUGUUAAAUUGAUGAAUGAAAUUCUGGCAGGAAUUAAGGUUUUGAAACUUUACGCCUGGGAACCAAGUUUUGAACAACAGAUUUUAGGAAUCCGUGGUAAAGAAAUUGAAAAACUCAAGUCUGCAGCCUAUUUGAAUGCUGGAACAUCUUUCAUUUGGUCAUGUGCACCAUUUUUGGUUUCUUUAGUUACAUUUGCAACUUAUGUUUUGAUCGAUGAAAAGAACGUGUUGGAUGCUUCAACUGCAUUUGUGUCAUUAUCGUUAUUCAAUUUAUUGCGAUUCCCCUUGGCUAUGUUGCCUAUGUUGAUAUCAAAUUUAGUUCAGACUCAAGUUUCGAUAACACGUAUAAACAAAUUCUUAAACAGCGAAGAACUUGACCCGAAGUGUGUGGGACAUGAUAAAUCAGAAAAAGCUCCGAUGUUAAUUGAAAACGGUUCCUUUUCUUGGGGUGAUGAUGUCAUUUUAAAGGACAUCAAUAUGAAAAUUGAAACAAAUACACUUGUCGCCAUAGUUGGAACUGUAGGAUCUGGAAAGAGUUCCAUUAUUUCAGCUUUCCUUGGUGAAAUGGACAAAUUAAGAGGCAGAGUCAACACUGUUGGAUCAAUAGCUUAUGUACCUCAGCAAGCUUGGAUGCAAAAUGCCACUCUUCGAGAUAAUAUUGUCUUUGGUAAACCAUACGAUCGUAAACGGUAUCAGAAAGUUAUUGAUGCGUGUGCAUUACGAUCGGACUUCCAAAUGUUGGCUGCUGGUGAUAUGACAGAGAUUGGUGAGAAGGGAAUCAACUUGUCAGGUGGACAGAAGCAGAGAGUAUCUCUUGCAAGAGCUGUUUACAGUGAUUCGGAUUUGUAUUUGUUGGAUGAUCCUUUGAGUGCUGUCGAUUCACAUGUUGGAAAACAUAUUUUCGAAAAAGUCAUCGGACCAACUGGUCUGCUUGCGAAUAAAACUCGAGUUUUAGUUACACACGGAAUUACUUAUCUACCCAAGGUGGAUAAUAUUUAUGUUAUGAAAGGCGGUGAAAUUAGCGAAGAUGGAACAUACUCAGAUCUGCUCAAUCAAAAAGGAGCUUUCUCUGAUUUCCUUAUCCAGCAUCUUACUGAAAACACUGAUGAAAUAGAAGAAUUGGAUGAAAUUGCUGAACAACUCGAGAAUACAAUUCAAUCGGAAGAAUUACGAGGCAAAUUUGUACGAGCUAUUAGUCGAGCUAGAUCGGAAAGCAUUACUGAAACAGGCUCAAUAAAAUCAUUUGGAAGCGACAGAAGCAGCAUUCGUAAAUCAAUUAGAUCACUUAAGAAUGAUAGAAUAGGAAGUUUACGAAAACGCCAAUUUAGCCGUCAAGAAUCUGUUGUGUCUGUGGCUUCAAAAAUGUCAGAUUUGGCAGUUGGUAAAGACGAGGGUAAACUUAUCGAAUCCGAAAAGUCACAAACAGGCGGGGUUACUUUGGCUGUCUAUAAACAAUAUAUCCAGAGUAUUGGAGUUUGUUUGGCGAUAUCAACAAUUCUCUUGAAUUGUUGUUUCCAAGGUCUUUCUAUAGGAUCAAACUUAUGGCUCACAGAAUGGUCAAACGAUAAACGUGCUGGUACUGAUACUUCAGUCAGAAAUAUGUAUUUGGGUGUAUAUGGUGGUCUUGGAUUUGGACAAGUUGCAGUUGAUUUUACUGCUUGUUUAACUUUGGCACUUGGAUGCAUAUAUUGUUCGAAAUCACUUCAUGAAUUCUUAAUAAGCAAUACAAUGCGUUUCCCUAUGGAUUACUUCGAUACAACACCAAUGGGUAGAAUUUUGAAUCGAUUCUCGAAAGAUGUCGACACCGUGGACAAUAUACUUCCAAUGAAUCUUCGGAUGUUAAUGUCACAAUUCUUCUCGAUGAUAGCAACUUUAACGGUCAUUUGUAUUUCGACCCCUAUCUUCAUUGCUGCUAUUAUUCCAAUUGGACUUAUAUAUUGGUUCGCCCAAAGAUUUUAUGUUGCAACUUCGAGACAAUUGAUGCGUUUAGAGUCUGUAACUCGGUCGCCAAUUUAUUCACAUUUCAGUGAAACUGUUACGGGAGUCACUACAAUUAGAGCGUAUCAAGUUGGAGAUAGAUUUAUCGAAGAAUCCGAUAACCGUGUGGACUUAAAUCAAUUGUGCAAAUAUCCCAGCAUCAUUGCGAAUCGUUGGUUAUCGGUUCGUUUGGAAACUAUUGGUAAUUUGGUGAUUCUGCUGGCUUCUUUGUUUGCUGUCCUGGGCAGUCAAACCAAUGCAGCUUUGGUUGGUUUGUCUGUGACGUAUUCGCUACAAAUUACUGCAACUCUCAAUAUGUUGGUUCGUGUUUCAUCCGAUAUUGAAACUAACAUCGUGUCUGUGGAACGUAUCAAGGAAUAUGGUGAUGUCAAACAGGAAGCACCAUGGGAAAUUGCAGACGUUAAAACUCCAAACGGAUGGCCUCAUGAUGGUCGUGUUAUGUUCGAAAACUACAUGGUUCGUUAUCGAGAGGGUUUGGAUUUGGUAUUGAAGGGUGUUACUUUUGACAUUACCGGAGGUGAAAAGGUGGGAAUUGUUGGACGCACUGGAGCUGGAAAAUCUAGUUUGACCUUAUGCUUAUUCAGAAUCCUUGAAGCAGCUGGUGGCCGAAUUCUUAUUGAUGGUGUGGACAUUUCGAAACUUGGUUUGCAUACAUUGCGUUCGAGACUGACAAUUAUUCCACAAGAUCCUGUUUUGUUUUCUGGGUCAUUGCGCAUGAAUUUAGAUCCAUACAAACGAAAUAGUGAUUCUGAAAUAUGGACUGCCUUGGAAUUGGCACAUUUGAAGGAAUUCGUCAAAGGAAUGCCCGCUGGUUUGAAUCAUGAAAUAAACGAAGGUGGUGAGAAUCUUUCAGUUGGACAGCGACAAUUGGUUUGUUUGGCACGAGCUUUGUUGAGGAAAACAAAAGUUUUGGUAUUGGAUGAAGCGACAGCUGCUGUUGAUUUGGAAACUGAUGAUCUUAUUCAAAAAACAAUUCGUUCUGAGUUUAAGGACUGCACUGUGUUGACAAUUGCCCAUCGUCUCAAUACCAUACUCGAUUCAAAUAAGGUUAUCGUUUUGGACAAGGGUCAAAUUGUUGAAUUUGAUUCACCGACAGCUCUAUUGGAAAACAAAAACUCAUCAUUCUAUAGCAUGGCUAAGGAUGCUAAUCUUGUGUAAAUAAAAGUGUUAAUAGUUACCUCUGUACAUAUAUAGAACCUAGUACUUAUAGAGCUCGAUAUAAAUAAUUACAUAUUUAAUUUAUAUUCAAUUUUACGUUCGAAAAUUAGUUCAUAAUGAUAAUGAUUUGUUUUUUGUAUUGGUAAAGACUUAAGUUAAAAUGUAAUAAAUAUUGUCAACAUUCAGCAAGUAAGAAACAUGAGAGAUUAAAAAUUAUUUAUAAAAAUAAAUAAAAUAAAC